CCUUAUCAAGAUUAUAAAAUGAAUACCUACUAGCAGAAACUCUGUCUGAACUUACCAAGAAGAUGAAGAACUUUGAAUCCCAGCCUCUCCUCCUGCUGUUCAUGGUCACCUUGGUCAUCGCAAAGCAUCCAAAUGGUUCACACACUCUGAGAUUUGUGUCCACCUUCUUAUCAUGGCCUCGACAUCUGGAGCUGCAGUUUAUCUUUCUCAUCUAUGUGGAUGAAACACAGAUCAUGGGAUUCAACAGUAUAUCAGAGAGUCAGAGGAUGGAGAGUCGGGUACCAUGGUUGAAUGAGCUAAAUGCAGAGUUUUGGGAGUUGGCAACACAGGAUGUCCUGAAAGAAAAAAGCUUCGUGACAGGAAUUAUGAACAAAUUGCUCCACAUCUAUAAUGAUAGCAUGACUGGAUAUCACAUAAUCCAGGAAACAUAUGGCUGCCAAGUCAAGCAGAGAACGUACUUCAGUCACGCCUUCAUGGAAUUAUUAUUCGAUACACAUGAUUACAUCACACUGAAUGAGGAUCUGCAAACAUGGAGAGCGGUUGGCAAGGCAGCUGAGAUAGUUAAGGAAGAGUGGGAGAAAAUAAAUCUUGUAAAGUCGUCAAAGUCUUUCCUGCUGGGUGCAUGUGUGGAGGGGCUCCUUCAAUACCUGAACUUUGGGAAGAAGUAUUUGCUGAGAACAGACACCCCUAAAAUACACAUGACCUAUAAGAUCAGACCAGAUAGGAAAAUCACCCUGAGGUGCUGGGCCUUCAACUUCUACCCACCUGAAAUCACCCUAACCUGGCAGAGGGAUGGAAGCAACCAGACCCAGGACAUGGAGGUGAUAGAGAUCAGGCCUUCUGGUGAUGGAACUUUUCAGAAAUGGGCAGCUGUGGUGGUCUCUUCUGGAGAAGAGCAUAGAUACACAUGCCAUGUAAAUCAUGAGGGGCUAUCUGAGCCUGUCACCCUGAGAUGGGAUCCUCCUGAACCCACCAUCCCCUUCCUGCCUAUGAUUAUUGCUCUGGUUCUUGGGGCUCUGCUUAUGGGAUCAGUGAUGACUUUUCUUAUAUGGAAGAGAAGGACUAGAGGUUAAGACAGAUGUGGUACAGAGCCAUUAAACACUGUUUCUGGCUUCUCCUCCCAUUGUGCCUUCUCUUUCUACACCUGACUGUGACUAUGUGUCUGUCUCCUCUGAGCACACUGUAAGCAGUUCAUCAGCAGGAAAAAGCCUUAUCUUGACUCUUACUGUGUAUAUUCCCCGGUCAUCUCUCAUAUUCCCACACAGGCAGGGCUGGGAAACCUCCAUCCAUGAUUGGAAUUUCACUUUCCCCAAUAUAGAAUUCCAUGCUUCUGUCUUUACUUAAUUAUUUGUGUUUGUUUGUGCAACUUCUUGGCAGAUUGUGUGAUUGACUGAUAUCCUAAAAAUGAGUAAAACUUGAUGGGAAAAUAAAUCUCAGAAUCUUAUGAAA